UUCUUUGGUUAUCUGAGCCUUGGUGAGAACUCUUCCGCUUUUGCCCUUGGUUGUUCUCCUUAUUUACGUUUAUACCAUUUCCCGGUUAUAUGAUAGCUGCCGACCACCGGGAAACUGAGAGCCACCGCUCUUCUCCUGCUCUCGGAUUCCCUCGCUUCCGAUUUUUCCGGUACCGUCGCUUGAGGUGAUCGGUGAGCCAAAUAUCUAUAAAUUAGUAGGGAUUUGAAUUUUCCAAAUAUAUAUUUUUCGUAUUGUAUCCUGGUUGAUUAAAUGCCAAGCCCAAAGAGCAAUCGGCGAGGGAACGAGGAGAAGAACCGGAGAGGAAGACUGACGGAGAAAGCGUCGUCGUUUCACGGAAAGAGCUUCGCUGAGGCGGCCUCUCAACUCCGGCGUCCGAAAACUCUACCGGACUUGCUUCCGAGUCGAAGUCUGCUCACAACGUCGCCGUCUUCAUCUUCUGAGGGCAAAGGACGGCCGAUUAUGCUGACGAAGAUUCUUCUGAACGUUACGAUCCAAGGAAGCGUAGGAGCGGUGCAGGUGUUGAUAUCGCUGGAAUCGACGGUUGGAGAUCUGAUUGCGGCGGCCCUGAGCCAGCACGCCAAGGAAGGUCGCCGUCCGAACUUGGUCGCCACCGAUCCUUCGAGAUUCAACCUUCAUUACUCUCAGUUCAGCUUAGAAUGUUUGGAUAGGAAGGAGCAGGUGAAGGAAUUAGGAUCACGAAACUUUUUCAUGUGUCCAAGUAAAACGACAAUGGUCGGUGCCGCAACGACGUCGUCUUCUUCGUCAUCAUCAUCAUCAUGUGCCACGGAGGCUGACAAAGUAUCAAAGAACGGCUUCAGUUGGCUCAAAUUCAUGGAUUUCAAGCUUUAGUUCGUUUAUCUUAUAUAUUGACUUUUAUUUGUUUAAAAAAUAAAUAAAAUAAAAGUCAAUAAUUUUUAAUUAUUUGUAAAAUGUAUAUAUAUUAUAUAGUUUGGAAAAAGCUUUAAUUAGUUUUUUUUAUUUUUUUUCUCUCGAAAACAAAAAUUGUUGAGACCUCUUUCUUAGGAAAAUAAAAUAGGCUUGGAAUUUUUUUUAUUUUUAAUUAUAUUUUAUUAGAUAAGUUUUUUUUAGUAAAAUAAUAGUUGAAAUUGCAAAACAUGUGGUGUGAAUUGAGUUGAAUUAUUGGGGCUGUGGACCCUUAUUAUCAAUUCAUAUACAGUUUGAAAUU